UUUCUCCCCCAUUCGUAAGGUUUUGAUAUCUUUUAAUUCAAAUACGCCGCAUGCUAUAUCUAUUAACAUCCGAAGACACAAAAUGAUUCACCCGGGAAACAUAACGAACUUGUCACGCAUAUAACCGUCAAGGAAAUGAAGCUCCCACUCUCCCUACUCUGAAGUCUGAACCCAAUAACCAUGUGUAUCAAACACCAGCUUCGCAGGUCCUUCACUUCCAUUGCAACUGCAGCUUCUGAAUUUCCAUCUUUAUCCUCCUCCACCUACACUAAUUACCUGCACUACCCUCGUCUCCUCUCCUCUUGCAAACACCUCAACCCUCUCCUUCAAAUCCAUGCCCAAAUCAUAGUCUCUGGCUUCAAACACCACCAUUCCAUAACCCAUCUCAUAAACUUGUACUCUCUCUUCCAUAAAUGCGACCUGGCUCGCUCUGUAUUCGAUUCUACUCCAAACCCUUCUCGGAUUUUAUGGAACUCCAUGAUCAGAGCUUAUACAAGGUCAAAACAGUAUAAUGAAGCGCUGGAAAUGUACUAUUGUAUGGUAGAGAAGGGGUUGGAGCCAGACAAGUAUACUUUUACGUUUGUGUUGAAGGCUUGUACUGGAGCUUUGAACUUGCAAGAAGGUGUUUGGUUUCAUGGAGAAAUAGACCGGAGAGGGCUAGAACGUGAUGUGUUUAUCGGGGCCGGUCUCGUUGAUAUGUAUUCUAAAAUGGGUGAUUUGAAGAGAGCAAGAGAGGUGUUUGAUAAGAUGCCUAAGAGGGAUGUUGUGGCUUGGAAUGCCAUGAUUGCGGGGUUAUCGCAAAGUGAGGAUCCUUGUGAGGCUGUGGAUUUCUUUAGGAGUAUGCAGUUGGUUGGCGUGGAGCCGAGCUCGGUGAGCUUGUUGAACUUGUUCCCUGGGAUUUGUAAACUAUCCAAUAUUGAAUUGUGUAGGUCUAUCCAUGGUUAUGUAUUUAGAAGAGAUUUUAGUUCUGCAGUUUCAAAUGGUUUGAUUGAUUUAUAUUCAAAAUGUGGAGAUGUAGAUGUGGCUCGCAGGGUUUUCGAUCAGAUGGUGGACCAGGAUGAUGUUUCAUGGGGAACAAUGAUGGCAGGUUAUGCCCAUAAUGGAUGUUUUGUUGAGGUCUUGGAGCUAUUUGAUAAAAUGAAACUAGGGAAUGUGAGGAUAAAUAAGGUAUCAGCAGUGAGUGCUUUUUUGGCAGCUGCAGAGACGAUAGAUUUAGAAAAAGGUAAGGAGAUACAUGGUUGUGCCUUACAACAAAGGAUUGAUUCAGAUAUUUUGGUUGCUACUCCUCUUAUGGUGAUGUAUGCGAAGUGUGGAGAAACAGAGAAGGCUAAACAAUUGUUUUGGGGACUUCAAGGAAGAGAUUUAGUUGCUUGGUCUGCAAUUAUCGCUGCUUUAGUCCAAACCGGGUAUCCUGAAGAAGCACUUUCUCUGUUUCAAGAAAUGCAGAACCAAAAAAUGAAACCUAAUAGGGUUACUCUUAUGAGCAUCCUUCCAGCUUGUGCAGAUUUAUCGUUGUUGAAAUUAGGGAAGAGCAUACACUGCUUCACUGUUAAAGCUGACAUGGAUUCUGAUCUUUCAACUGGAACAGCCCUGGUGUCCAUGUAUGCUAAAUGUGGAUUCUUUACUGCCGCACUGACUACAUUCAAUAGGAUGUCAUCUAGAGAUAUUGUGACAUGGAACUCUUUGAUAAACGGAUAUGCUCAGAUUGGUGAUCCAUAUAAUGCGAUUGACAUGUUCUAUAAAUUACGAUUAUCUGCAAUAAACCCAGAUGCAGGAACCAUGGUAGGUGUGGUCCCAGCCUGUGCACUCUUGAAUGACCUAGACCAAGGCACCUGCAUUCAUGGGCUAAUUGUAAAGCUUGGGUUUGAAUCAGAUUGUCAUGUUAAGAAUGCUCUAAUUGAUAUGUAUGCUAAAUGUGGAAGCCUUCCCUCAGCUGAAUUCUUGUUCAAUAAAACUGACUUCACAAAAGAUGAGGUAACUUGGAAUGUAAUAAUUGCGGCAUAUAUGCAGAAUGGGCAUGCAAAGGAAGCUAUUUCAUCUUUUCACCAGAUGAGAUUGGAGAAUUUUCAUCCCAAUUCAGUCACAUUUGUGAGUGUCCUUCCUGCAGCUGCAUAUUUGGCAGCAUUCAGAGAAGGAAUGGCCUUUCAUGCCUGCAUAAUCCAAAUGGGAUUUUUGUCUAACACACUUGUUGGUAACAGUCUCAUUGAUAUGUAUGCUAAAUGUGGGCAGCUUGAUUAUUCAGAGAAACUUUUUAAUGAGAUGGAUCAUAAAGACACUGUUUCAUGGAAUGCAAUGCUAUCAGGAUAUGCAGUCCAUGGGCAUGGGGACCGAGCUAUUGCACUUUUCUCACUUAUGCAGGAGAGUCAAGUCCAGAUUGAUUCUGUAUCCUUUGUUAGUGUUUUGUCUGCUUGCAGACAUGCAGGUUUAGUAGAAGAAGGAAGGAAAAUAUUUCAUUCCAUGAGUGACAAAUAUCAUAUUAAACCGGAUUUGGAACACUAUGCUUGCAUGGUGGAUCUCUUAGGUCGUGCUGGUCUAUUUGAUGAAACUUUGGGUUUUAUCAAGGUAAUGCCAGUGGAACCUGAUGCUGGAGUUUGGGGAGCCUUGUUGGGGUCAUGUCGAAUGCAUUCCAAUGUAAAAUUAGGAGAGGUUGCAUUGGAUCACCUGGUUAAACUAGAGCCUAGAAAUCCGGCUCACUUUGUGGUGUUAUCAAGUAUAUAUGCCCAAUCUGGUAGGUGGGCAGAUGCAGGAAAAGCCAGAUCAAAGAUGAAUGACCUGGGCUUGAAAAAAACUCCAGGAUGCAGUUGGGUUGAGCUCAAAAACAAAGUCCAUGCAUUCCGAGUAGGUGAUAAGAGUCAUCCACAAUUGGAGAGUAUGCAUUUGCUGUGGAAUACUUUACUGGAGAAGAUGGAGAAAAUUGGUUAUGUUCCUGACAGGAGCUGUGUAUUACAGAAUGUGGAAGAAGAGGAUAAAGAAAUGUUUCUCUACAGUCACAGUGAAAGAUUAGCCAUAACUUUUGCUCUUCUUAAUACACCGCCUGGGUCAACCAUCCAGAUAGUGAAGAACCUUCGUGUUUGUGCUGAUUGCCACACUACUACGAAGUUUAUUUCAAAAAUCACAACCCGUAGGAUCAUUGUCAGAGAUGCGACUCGUUUCCAUCAUUUUGAGGAUGGUAUUUGCUCAUGCAACGAUUACUGGUGACCUUGGUGAAAAGCAUAUUAGCCAUUCUCAUUGUAUAGCUUAAAGUAAUCAGUCUCUGAGGAUCAGGUAAGAUGAAUAUUAGCAUGCCAAUGAGCCCCCAAAAACCAAGCUUUAGAAAGUUCGAACGAAUAGUUGGACUAGCCGGAAUCUGGCAGAUUGUGCAAUUCUGGUUGUAGCUUCCCUUAUCCUCUUAAUGAUCUCUAUCUUCUUGGUGCUUUUAUUCCUUUGAAUUCUUUCUUCUUCUUCUUCCUCUUCUUUUCUUUUACUUGUCUAACAUUCAAGGGAAAGCAUUGAAAUUUCCAGCUCUAGAAUGGUCUGUUCCCCUUUUCUUUUCCUCUUCAACAUUGAAGGGAAAGAAUUGAAAUUUCCAACUCUAGAACAGUGUCCGUUGUUAUGCAGCAAUCUUGAGAAACCAAAAUUUGCUAUUUCAUGUUGGGCAAAGCCAUCUAUGCUCUCUUAUCGAUAUGUUGCAGAGAAUGCCAUUGGUUUUUUUUUGGAGAAUUAUUAGAUAAUGUUAUAUACAUAUAUUGAUAAUGUUAUUUCUUCUGUUGGCAGAUUAAGGAAGGCAUUAUUAAUUUAAAAAAAUAGUUGGAAUGGGUUGACACAAGGAUGAUAAGGCUCAAAAGCUAGUCACAAGUUACCGAAUGGGGUUGAAGCUGUAGGACUAAGUUUUGUCAGUUCCCUCAGCAAGAACAUUGUUAUUACCACCAAAUUGUGUGAAUACUCUGUUGAUUGCCAAGGACUGGAGAUUGUGACACCAUUUCCUUUCUCUCUUUAGCAAUCAAAAGAACUGCAGAUGACGCGCAAAGUCGAGGAGGUAUUAUUAUGAAACAAGAUUGAAGAGUAAUAUCAAUCAAGUCAUGAGUUUUCAUUUGGUUUUGUAUUGUUACCCCACCUGUUCCAAAUGAAUAUCUCAAAGGCUCAUCAUGUUUUCUGUUUGUGACACUGUAAAUAGUUUGCGGAUGUAUAUCUUCCCUCAUUAUCUGUGCUUAUAGUCCCCAGUUACUCAAACUGUUGUCAUACAUUUGGAUGAAGCAAUUCAAUAAAUCGUUACUUUCAUGUUA